AUGGUUAAGACUCUAUCAACAGAUGGGCGUCCAAAACAGGCGGAUGACCGUCCAGAGCAGGCAGACGGCCGUCCAUGGCAAGCAGACGGCCGUCCAUGGCACUUUAAAGUCAUGGACGGCCGUCCACUUAGCUUGGACGGCCGUCCAUGGCAAAAAGUCACCAUGGACAGCCGUCCACACUACAUAGACGGCCGUCCAUGGCCACUUUUUGCCCUGGACGGUCGUCCGCCUUUCCUGGCCCGCAUCCCUAUAAAAAGGGACCUCAUUCCUCCGAAUUUACACACCUUUUCCAUUCCUCCACUCUCUGGGAAGCCUCUUGGCACUUGA